GGCGGACCUAUCGUCGAGUAACAUAGAAGGGGCCACACUUUUUGGCUGCAAAAUGGUUUGCGCUAAUCUGGAAAAUUGCAAUCUUAGGGGUACAAAUAUGGAGGAACCGCACGGAAAUAGGACUAAUAUGGAAGGAGUGAAUCUAAAAGGGGCUAAUCUGGAGGGAAGUCAAAUGGCAGGGGUUAACCUCAGGGUUGCGACUCUGAAGAACUCGAAUUUGCAAAACUGUGAUCUUAGAGGGGCGGUGUUGGCCGGCGCUGAUUUAGAAAACUGUGAUCUUUCGGGCUCUGAUUUACAUGAG